AUGGGUGCCGACAGCGACGACAACGACGACAACGACGACGACGACGACGACGAGCUGCCCCGCCUCGACCUGCAAACAACCGCUCGCGAAGACAACGCGCAGGCCUAUUUUCGGCCCUCUCCUCUUUCAACGCUCCACGACGACGUGCCCGACGACGACGACAACGACGACGACGCUGACGCCUGCCUCCAGCCCCCGUCCAGAGUGCAAGUCCAGCGGCGAGAGCAGGGCAAGCCACAGAGCCGUCGCCAUCCGCUAGGGGUCGACCUCGUCCUCAUCUUUCGCUCGUCGCCCGGCAAGGUCCUCUCCCGCCCCCAGGCCCGCGAAAACGCGCGGCAGGCCGAACGCCAGUACUCCAAGCUCCUUGGGGCCCUGUCCAAGGGCGGCCUCCGCGCAGUCGGAAAGUCGGGGGAGAACGACGGCCAGCUCCUCGUCCUCGUCUCCUGUCCCCAGAGCACCCUCUCCCGCCUGGCCCAGCGAGAACGACACUCCGACUUUGUCUCUGGCCUGCCCACCGCCGACCCCACUGCGUCGCUCGACCUCGACGCCACACCACUGUCGCCGGCAGACCACCUUCGCCUCGUCCACACGUACGUGACCUCGACCGUCUCUGAUGGUGGGCUCGGAAUCGCACCAGGCAGCACGGACUGGGACCGCGUCGAGUCGAUCAUGAUGCUUCACGACCACGCGUUCAACGAUGAAUGGAUUCGCUCCUGGACGCAGCGGGAACUAGGCUUCGUCAAGUUUGACAAGAUUAGAUACCAGUUCGGAGAGGCCAUCGCCCUCUACUUUGCCUUUCUAUCCUACUAUACAAAAUACCUCAUAGCCAUCUCUGCCGUGGGCGUGUACUUUUUUUUCUUCCACGAACCAUACUCGUCCAUCUACUCAUCCGUUCUCCUCCUCUGGUCGAUCGCCUUUGUCGAGUCGUGGCGCAUUCGCCAACGGAUCCUUUCGGUGAGGUGGGGCACACGAGGCUCCUUCCGCGUAGAGAAGCGCCGCGCACAAUAUGUGCCCAUUGCGUGGUGGCAGAAAGAUCUCCGCAUGAUCACCGGCCUCCCCGUCAUAUUGCUGUUCGCGACAGUGCUCGCAGCUCUCCUCACAAGCAUGUUCCUGUUCGAGGCAUUCGUGACCGAAUUGUACACGGGCCCAGGGCACCGCUUUCUCUCCUUCGCGCCAACGAUCAUCGUGUCCGUGGUCGUUCCGCGCUUCCUCAAAAUCUACCACUCGUACGCCGUCGCAUUCACCGACUGGGAGGACCACGCGCACCAGUCAACGCACGACGGAUCCCUGACACUCAAAACGUUCUCUCUCUCCGCGAUCGUGGAGUACCUUGGUCUAGCACUGUCUGCGUUCGUGUACGUCCCGUUCGGCGAGGAGGUGAUGACAUUCGUGCAGACGUUCAUCGAGCGUGACCACACGGCCGCAGGUGUCGCGCUCACAUCUUCCAUCUGCUCCGCUCUCCCCGCGGGCGCGACCGCACGGGCCAAGGCGGCCAUCGCGUCUGCGUCUGCCAGUGCGAGUGGUGCGCGGCGCGUGUUCGGGAAGGGCCUGUGGGAGAUGGACGUGACGAGCGCACGGACGAAGCUAAGUCCGACGCGGCUGCAGGAUCAGAUGUUCGCGUCGACGGUGACGAACCAGGUCGUGAAUGCAUUUAUCGAGAUUGGCCUGCCGUAUGUGCUUCGCGCCGUGUCGUCGAUCCGCCGGGGCAAGGGCCUCGGGCUCUCGCAUAGCUCUGCGCCGGCAGGAGGGAAGGAGAAGAAGCGGGUGAUGUUCGAGGACGAGGCGGGGGAGGCCGACGCGCCGAAGAAAGCGGACGGGAAGGACAAGGCGUUCAUGGAAGACGUCUGGCAGCAGGUUGCGCUGCCAGACUACGAGCUGUUCGAGGACUACAGCGAGAUGGUCACGCAGUUCGGCCACGUCGCGCUGUGGUCGACGAUCUGGCCGCUUGCGCCCCUGAUGGCACUGACGAACAACUGGUUCGAGUUGCGCUCGGAUGCGUUCAAGAUCGCGCGGCACGUCCGACGGCCCAUCCCCGCGCGCACGGACACGAUCGGACCGUGGUUGGACUCGCUGUCGUUCCUGUCGUGGCUCGCAGCGCUGACGAACUCGGCCCUGGUGUACCUGUUCCGCCCGAGCGACCACUGCAAGGCGGUGGGCACGUCGCUCGAGCGCAAGCACGUCGCGCUCCGUGGGGGCGAGGCAUCGACGCGACAAUUGCUGCUCACCGCGCUGCUGGUCGCGUUCGCGGCAUCGCACGGGUACAUCGUCGCGCGCGUCCUCGUCCGGCACGUACUGGAGCGACUGCUGUGGCGCGGGACGGUGGAGGAGCAGGAGGCAGAGCACGUUGAGACGGUCGUGAAGGUGCAGUACCUCAAGAGCCUCGGCGUCGCGGACGUCGCGAGCACGGAGGCGGACGAAGGUGACGGGACGACGGCUGCUGAUGAACAGGGCGACGCGGAGCUGUUCUGGGCGGACGACGAAGGGCUUGCGGAGCUCGGGAGGGAGACGAAGGAGGCAUGA